ACUGGACAACACCAAAAUUCAUAUCCAACUUCAACCACACGAGACCGCGAGCUUACCACCAGCGCCGGGUCAGAAACGAACAAGUCCGCUCAAAAAAUAAGGGUGCAUAUCAGUGCAUAUUAUCUCAAGCAACAAGCACAGAAUCAGCGGCAUAAGAAACCAUGCCGUACUACGCAACAAGCCAGGAAUGGCUGCACCAGUCCUCGCUCCUCAUCGAGGCGCGGCCAACUACCACCCGCAUCACGACCAAAUACCACAUCUCAAAGCCCAAACCCCGACGGAUAAAAAAAACCGACCAACCCACCUCCUCCUCCACCUCUGCGGUUGCCGCGCCGCGCGGCUCUCUAACCCUAAAAACGUACGACCCGCACUCCGGCGCGUGUCUGAAAUACCGCACGACGAAAGCGGCGGAGGUAUCGCGGCUGAUACUGAGCCUAGGCCAGCCGCUGGGGGCGAGAAUGGCGGCGCUGCCGUUGGGGGAGGCUGCGGACGAGGUUAUGGUUGAUGCGGGUGCUGCUGUGGAGGAGAAGGGUGAGGUUGCUACUGCUGCUGCUACUACCACUCCGGCGGGAGGGAAGGGGGAGGGGAAGAGUGAUGGGAAGCAGGGAGGAAGUGGCGGUGGUGGAGGGGGUGGUGGGAAGGGGAAGAAGAAGAAGGGGAAGAAAUGAGGUGAGGUGAGACAUUGGACAAAGGGGGGUGAGGGUUCCGUGGCCUUGAUAAAGGGAGAUUGAGGUGAGGGUGGUGAAAGACAAGGUCCUUAUUUCUAUGGAAUCGUUGCCCAAAAGAGGGAUUCCCAAAGUACAGCAACGUGAGCCUUGGCGUUUAGGCAUAGCCAGUACGAUAAACAUGAAAAUGAAAGCAUGGCAUCAAGUCACAUAAGCAAGAA